AUGCUCAUGAAUUUCGUCUCAGCAUUCUGUCGUCAAAAUGUUUGCUUAUUUUCGAAAGCGAAUGCUUUUCGCUUGACUAUUCGUGAUUUUAAUAGCGGCAAUUCUCUUCUUGCAUCAAUGCGAAAUCGCAGUGGAAGAAUUCGCCACACGGAAAAUCGUACACCGUUUAUGCGCACUCAGACAGUUUCCAUUGAUUCUGGACGUGCUCUAAUUCUCGGUGGUGCAGCAAUUGGUUUGGGGGGCUUAUGUCUAUAUGGUAUCUAUGGUGGCAACCAAACUGGCAGUCUCUCUGCUAUCGACCGUGCUGCUGUUUGGCCAGACUAUGUGCGCCAACGCAUCCACUCAACUUACGCCUAUUUGGCCGGUGGUGCUGCUAUCGCUGCAGCUUCGGCUACUGCUCUUGUUCGUUCGCCCACUUUCAUUCGUGUGAUGGCUGGAGGAGGCAUGAUGGCACCUAUUGCUAUGCUCGUUGCUAGUAUCGGAGCUGGUUAUAUCUGUCAGACAAUUCCCUACCCAGUCGACAAUAGUAAAUUCAACUCAAAGCACGCCGCCUGGUUAGUCUAUGCUGUCAGUUUGGGCGGUAUGAUUGCACCAAUUUGCCUUAUUGGUGGACCUAUUCUUACUCGUGCAGCCAUCUAUACUGCUGGAAUUGUUGGCGGUUUGUCUGCUGUUGCUGUCUCCGCUCCAUCCGAUCGGUUCUUAAAAUGGGGAGGACCCCUCGCUAUUGGACUGGGAGUCGUCUUUAUUUCUUCUUUGGGAAGCAUGUUCCUUUCACCAAUGGGCCGCUUAGGUGCUGGCCUGUACGGAAUUAGCUUAUAUGGUGGUCUGGUUCUCUUCUCCGGUUUUCUGCUUUACGACACUCAAGUGGUCAUUAACCGAGCUGAGCGACACCCACCCCCAAUCGCCUAUCUCUACAAAUCGCCCGCAGAUGUUCCUGCCAACAUUGUACCGACUUUUGACCCUAUCAACAAUUCUAUCAAGAUACUUCUGGACACCAUUAAUAUUUUCGUCAGGAUGGUGGCAAUUUUUGCCAAUGGAGGCCAAAGGCGAAAGUAA